CCAGCGUAGCGGGGGCUUCAGAAUAAAAAUCCCCGCAUCGUGAAGCGGGGCACAGAGCUUGUGUUGCGGAGGUGAGACGAUACUGAUACAGGCCACUCCUUUUUACCAUUGCUGAACUUUGCUACUUCCCAACGUACGAUUAUCAUCUGCUGCAAUUUCAUGGCGCGUAAGUGGAUGCAAAGAUAGGCCACCGCUUUUCAGCCGUCGGCGUGACGGAGUGCGAAUGACGGUCUGUGAGCUGUGUAGGGACGGCGCACUGGCCAUGCUCGGACAGAUAUGUAAACCCCGUUUGAGAAAGCGAGCACGAAAACCUGGGGUACUGCCUUAUCUGUGCCUUGUAAUAGCGACAACAACUGUUUUUGCUGUCGUCUUUUUUGACUGCAUCGAGUCAUGGGUCACAUCAGCGAGAAUGAACGCAGAUUUGGAGCCACACGCGGGCAUCAUCCCCCUGCAGAGCGUGCCACCAACGCGUCCGGAGGAGUUCUUGCUCAUGCCCAGCCCCCUCGUGUGCCAGCGAGCAAAACCGUACAUCAUUACCAUGGUUACUUCAGCUCCUGCCAAUCAAAGGGCACGACAGGCCAUCCGAGACACUUGGGGUGGUGAGGUGGAGGUAACGGGGCUCAGGGUUAUGACUCUUUUUAUUGUGGGUGUGCCGUCGGACCCAGCUCUGGGCAAACUGCUCAUAGUGGAGGCCAGAGAGCGAGGGGACCUAAUCCAGGGUCGCUUUCUGGACACAUACUCCAAUCUCACCCUGAAGACCUUGUCCAUGCUCGGGUGGGCGCGCCGCUUCUGCCCGCAGGCUCAUUUUAUGGCCAAAGUGGACGAUGAUGUUCUUUUCAACCCCAGCGCCCUGCUCCACUUUCUGAACAAAAGCAGAAACCCCUAUGAGCACGGGGACUUGUACCUGGGCAGGGUUCACAUUCGUGUGGCUCCCAACCGUGACCCCAGCAGCAAGCACUACCUCCCGACAGGGACCUACUCUGCCUCCGUGUUCCCAGACUACUGCAGCGGAACCACCUACGUCCUCUCGCGCUCUGCAUUGCUCAAAAUCUCUCUGGCGGCCACAGCUUCAGCCCUGUCCACACCUCUCCCCCCUGAAGAUAUAUUUGUGGGCAUGUGUGCACGUGCAGCUGGGGUCCUGCCCUCACACUGCCCUCUUUUCUCCGGUGGUCCUCGUGUUCCCUAUGGACGAUGCUGUUACCAGGCCAUGGUGUCAGUCCACAGGGUCGCUCCAAGGGACAUGCUGCGGUACUGGGCUGACCUCCACACACUCCCUCCCUGCUCCUGGCUCAGUGUUCGGGCUUCUCUAGGACUCUGCAAAGUUAGAGCCUGGUUAGGUGUUGCGUUAGGAAUAAAGCAGGAUGUGUAACAAAUGUGAGAGAUUAUUCCAUACUGUGAAGUGCUCUUCUCUCUGUAGAGACACAAAAUGUGUGCACUGAAAAUAAGAAUUUGUCAUCCUCAUCCACUACAAUAUAUCCUGCUACUUGUUCAUCCACUUAUUCAGCUGACAAUAGACUAGAACACUUUCACACUAUUGAUUCAGGAAGAGCACAAUAACAGGAAUGCAGAACAACAUGUGGUAAUUAGUAUAACCUACUUUUGCAGUAUCACAUGCAUGCAGUAUUGUAACAGGCCAGUCACAUUAUCACAUAGCCCACAUGCAGUGCUGCAGUCCAUGAGUUUCAGAAUGAUAAAAAAUUAGGACAUUUGGACACAGUGAUAAGCAAUUUAAAAACUAUUUAUUUUAUCUUUUGAGUAGGAAAAAGUCCUCAGAAUGUUGCAUAUAAUAUAACUGAGACUCAUGAAUAGGCCACUCACAGUAUCACAUACAUGCAGUACUGCAAUGAGCCAGUCACAGUAUCACAUACAUGCAGUACUGCAAUGAGCCAGUCACAGUAUCACAUACAUGCAGUACUGCAAUGAGCCAGUCACAGUAUCACAUACAUGCAGUACUGCAAUGAGCCAGUCACAGUAUCACAUACAUGCAGUACUGCAAUAGGCUAAUCACAGUUGAACAUACAUACCUGUAAGUAUCACCUGUACAGUCCCAAAUAUGUGAAUCUUGGCUCUGCUCUGCUCGUACAGCAAUUUUGCUUAAUUUUCCUGUAACUGCAAAAGUGUCUCGCUCAGGGAAGCAAUAAUAUUGGCAAAAAGAUUGCGUGUCUACUGUUUCAGGAUUAGCAGGUGUUUCCAAACUGGAAUGAAAGAUCUUUAAUGUAGAUCUGAUCAUAUUCCUGCUCGGGUCAAAUGGCCACCACAUUAUUUAAAAGUGUAUUAAAUUAAUAAUUGCCAUUUUGUUUGUUAUAUGUGCUUAUCUCAGGUGAUAUAAAUUAACAUAAAAUUUACCACACAGA